AUGGCUAAUAACGGUGAGAAGGCUACGAAUACGGAGACCUUCAAUGCAAUGUUGAGAAGAUCCAGUAGAGGAUUAAGGGGUGGAUCCGUCCCUCCUCCUGACUCAGAGAUUAUUGUUCCAGCUGUGCAAGUGGCGAAUAUUCGGAGUCGUGGUCGUGGUGGUGGCCCUACCUCCACUCGAGGAUCACGUUCACCAGCAAGAGGAGUCACCCCGGUGGUCACCUUAACAGUCCCAGGUUCCGGUCCAGAUACAUCGUCGUCUUUACCACCUUUACCGCCCGCCGAGCCACAAGGAAACGCCGUGCCAAAUGCACAGACCGGUGCACCCUUGUCCGGUACUUCAGUUUUACACUCCGCCGGUCUGAUCUCCAGGGACAAUGUCAUUGAUACGCCAAGUCAACAAUCCCCCACCCGCAGGAAUACCGUCUCGGAUGUAGGAGAAAGCCCACCUCGGGGGUUUCAUUUGUGGUUAAAAGCCAAAGGUCUCACUGUGGUAAAUAAUGCAACCCCUGCUAUUACAUCAAUCCAAAAUGUCUCGUCAGCACUUGCAAAUACUACGACUCCGCUUUCCCAGAUCUCUGCGGCUGCAACUCCUGCUGUCCCAUCUAGAGUGAGAACCCCGGCCGAUAAGACUAGAAUCCAGGUCGACUUGACCAAAGACGACACACCUAGUACUUCAGACAAAGUAACGGUCGAAGUUGGCAAAGCCGGUAUCGGGGUCAACGGACUUGUAGCUCUAUCACCACAUUUUGAGUCUAAAAUGAAGCCUAUGGACGGAUACAUCCCUUUAUCAGUGUUUAACACCAUGUGGUUGAAGCAAGAAUUAAUGAAAUAUUCCUUACGCAACAAGAAGGAUAAGAAAGACGAUGAAAAGUAUACUGGCCUGGCAAUCCCCGAUGAGUGGAAGAUGAGUUUUGGUGAAUGGGUAACUGCAUUCGAUUUAUUCCUUGCCUAUUUGCGUCAUUACAAUCACAACGGUGAUCUCUUACCUCGUUGGGCUGAAAUCAAUCCUUAUUCGGACGGUCAACCUAAAAGUCACAUUAAUCCCAUAUCCGGCGAAGUCAUGAAUUAUAAUAGUUACAAUACUUACAAUGUAACGACUCCCUCUGGGAAUGGUUUGCAUGCUACCCAUCAUGGUAAACCUAACGCCAGGUCUUGGCAACACGCAAAUCAGCACUCAAACCACCCUGUGUACGAUGGACCAGGUAGCUCAAGUUACGCUCAUUACGAGGAUCGUAGAAACUCUGGUCGGAAUGUUCGUGGAAGGGGUAGAGGAGGCGGUUGGGUGUCUCACGGUCGCGAUGGUCGUGAUGGUCGCGAUGGUCGCAAAGAUCGUAAUGGUGGAAGUCGUGAUAAUGACCUUCAUGAUAAUUGCAGAGGAGAAGGUGGUAAUUCCUGGCGUCGUGACAAUAGACGUGAUGAUCGCAAAGGUGAUACGAACGGACCAAAAUACGGGGGAAGUGGAAAGGCAAAGUAA